GUUCGGGGCCGUGCGCGGCGGCGGGAGGUGAAAUGGUUUUCAUAUGCUGAACUCCAGCUUGGAUUGCCUCAUUGCUGCACGUUUGUAAAAAGGAGGAAGUCAAGAUGAAGAGCAGGGUGACACAAGUAAAUCAUGGCUCCAGUCAUGAAAGGAAGGAAAACUACAGUUCCCGACGUGAAAGUCUGUCUCCAGAGGACAGGGACAUGGAGUGUGAUAGGUCCCGGUCUCCAACUCCCAGGAAGAGGAGAUACUCUGAUGACAGCAGAUACGAUGAGGAAUAUUCAAGACGGGAUUAUUAUGAUGACAGAACCUCAGAUGGAAGAAGGAUGGAAAGGGGGAGAGAUAGACACUAUGAGAGGUGGGAGGACAGAGAAUACGAUCGAAGGAAGCAGAGAAGAUACUCCUCACCUGACCGUAGGAGUCCAGAGAGGUCGACAGGCCAGAGCUCACUUGCUCACGAUGAGACCACCUCAAAGAAGAAGAAAGAAGAAGUGGAUCCAAUCCUCACUCGCACAGGUGGUGCAUAUAUUCCACCUGCCAAGCUCAGGAUGAUGCAAGAGCAAAUCACUGAUAAAAAUAGCUUGGCGUACCAGAGGAUGAGUUGGGAAGCCUUAAAGAAGUCGAUCAAUGGUCUUGUCAAUAAAGUGAACGUUUCUAAUAUAGAAAACAUCAUUCAUGAGCUCCUGCAGGAGAAUAUUGUUCGGGGAAGGGGAUUGCUGUCUAGAUCCAUUUUGCAAGCUCAGAGCGCCUCUCCAAUUUUUACUCAUGUUUAUGCAGCUCUUGUGGCAAUUAUCAAUUCAAAGUUUCCAAAUAUCGGUGAAUUGAUCCUCAAGAGGCUGAUACUGAAUUUUCGUAAAGGGUAUCGCAGAAAUGACAAGCAACUCUGUCUAACAUCUUCAAAAUUUGUUGCACAUUUGAUGAAUCAAAAUGUGGCUCAUGAGGUUUUAUGUUUGGAAAUGCUCACUUUGCUUCUUGAAAGGCCUACUGAUGACAGUAUUGAAGUAGCAAUUGGAUUUAUUAAAGAGAGUGGGCUCAAAUUAACAGAAGUUUCUCCUAGAGGUAUUAAUGGUAAGUACAGCCAGCCAAAACCUAUCUUGGCAUUUGUAUUAGUAAAUACCUCUUAUAUUUGCAUUUCUCUCUUUUCCAAAGCAAUCUUUGAUCGCCUUCGACACAUCCUGCAUGAAUCUAAAAUCGAUAUGCGUGUUCAGUACAUGAUAGAAGUCAUGUUUGCUGUGAGGAAGGAUGGCUUCAAGGAUCAUCCAAUCAUUCCAGAGGGAUUAGAUCUAGUGGAAGAGGAGGAUCAGUUUACUCAUAUGUUGCCAUUGGAAGAUGACUACAACCCAGAGGAUGUUCUUAAUGUUUUCAAGAUGGAUCCAAACUUCAUGGAAAAUGAGGAGAAAUACAAAAUGCUGAAGAAAGAAAUCCUUGAUGAAGGUGACACUGAAUCUGAAGGAAAUGAAGAAGCUGGAAGUAGUGAAGAAGAUGAAGAAGACGAUGAGGAGGAGGAUGAAGAUGGUCAGAAAGUUACUGUCCAUGAUAAAACAGAAAUUAACCUGGUCUCGUUCCGUCGUACAAUUUAUCUGGCUAUUCAGUCAAGCUUAGAUUUUGAAGAAUGUGCUCACAAACUGCUGAAGAUGGACUUCCCUGAAAGUCAGACUAAAGAACUCUGCAAUAUGAUACUUGACUGUUGUGCUCAGCAAAGAACAUACGAGAAAUUCUUUGGGUUACUGGCAGGGCGUUUCUGCAUGUUAAAGAAAGAAUAUAUGGAAUCCUUUGAAGCCAUUUUCAAGGAACAGUACGAUACCAUUCAUCGUUUGGAAACAAACAAACUGAGGAAUGUGGCCAAGAUGUUCGCUCAUCUCCUGUACACCGAUUCAAUUCCCUGGAGUGUUCUUGAAUGUAUAAUACUGAGUGAAGAAACUACUACAUCCUCCAGUAGAAUUUUUGUCAAAAUAUUCUUUCAGGAACUCAGUGAAUAUAUGGGGCUUCCUAAUUUAAAUGCAAGAUUAAAAGAUGAGACACUGCAGCCUUUCUUUGAGGGAUUGCUACCUCGGGAUAACCCAAGAAACACUCGCUUUGCCAUCAAUUUCUUCACUUCUAUUGGCCUUGGAGGAUUAACGGAUGAAUUACGGGAACAUCUUAAAAAUGCACCAAAGUUGAUUAUGACACAGAAGCAAAAUGUCGAGUCAUCAGAUUCGUCUUCAUCUUCAGACACAGACUCUUCCUCAGAUUCUGAUUCUGACAGCAGCAGUAGUAGCUCAGAGUCAUCCAGCAGCAGUGACUCCUCAUCUAGCAGUGACAGCAGCAGUGACUCAGUGGCACAAGCCUGCUCUAGAAGGUGUCCAGUUACUGUGCCUGUAGACUCAUUCAUGUGACUCAUCCAGCCUGUCAAGAGGAUCCACCCCAGUGAUGCAA